AUGCACUCGAGUUCAGCGGCCGACGGUGGCCAUUCUUCAACUCAACCAAAAAAUCGGAACACAGACGAACAUUAUGACAACAUAGCACGAAUCGUAGAUCAAUCUAUAACAAAUGCAAAUCGAAUACUCGAUACACUAGGAACAAAAAAAGAGAAUAUCAACAAAAAAGCACGUGGUAAAAGAGGACCAGUACCUGAAUCGAAAUGUUCCUUAGCUUCAACAAGCAGCGCUGUUGGUUCACAAUCUACUUUUUCCGGGCCUUCUACAAGAGGUUUUCAAAGUUACGUGGAUACUCCGUCACGGCUAAGGUCGUAUUCAAAGUCAAAGAAGUCAGAAAAUAAUGACAUGGUGCCCCAGUGUUCUUGUAAAAGAGGAAGGGAAGAAUGCACUUGCAGGGAAAUUGAACUCCGUUACGCCGAUGCUUUGGCGAAAUGGGCAUCAUCUUCUAGAACAGUUACCCCAAAUCGUGGUAACGUGUCGUCAAGAAGCAGAAACAAUACGACGUCUCACAUAUCAAUGUCUUCUGUUUAUCGCUCUAGCGCCGGUUCUUCAGCCGAAUUUUCGGAACCAUCGAAUUCUUCGCGAUAUAUAACGUUGAAAAAACCACGACGACGGAAACUUCCAUAUCGCCGAGAAAAACCGAGACAUACACACACCGACAAAAAAGCCUCACAAACUCAUGUUUCAAAUAAAGAGGAAGAAGGGAAGGUUAUCGAGGAGCAGAAACAUCUCACGAGUGAUAACGCUAAAUGCAGAACUUGUAUAACUAUUACACAUGCGAAUAACGUCUAUAUCAAAUGUCGUUGCGGACAUACUUGUCACCAACAAAAAGGUGCAUCAAUCAAAUUUUCUCUGGGAAAAGAAGCAAAGCAUCCAUUGGUUGUACCAUCGUCACCAAAAAAGCCUGCAGCAAAGGAAAAGAAGAAAACUUCAUUUGGCACAGACAGUGAGAAAAAAACAGAAACAUCGUUACAUACAGCUCGAUGCUACAGUAAACGUGUCGCAACAUCUCCAAAGAAGAAAUUUAAAAUAGUGAAUCCGGAAAUUCUUAGUAGUCCUGCUACUGACCCAAGACUGCACACACCAAGAGUGUCUACUAGUGAAAAAUUAAGAAGAGAUUUCUGUCGUCGUACAUUCGAAUCAGAAAUGAAUCAUGAAAAACCACCAAGCACAACGAAACAACCAGCAGUUCCUGCGAAACCGAGAUCAUCUCGUUCGCGUACUCCUCGUGGAUAUAGAAGAGACUCUCGUAGUGAAUCCAGUAGAAGAGAACCGGAUCUGCAUACGGCUCGUUGCAGAACACCGAAGAAAUCUGGGCGAGGUCGAAGCGAACAUGUGCGCAAAGGACGAACUCCGAGAGGUUAUAAAGGCAAAUCAGAGGACUCCUCCAUAAGGACAGCAAGAGCUCAAACUCCUAAACAGAAAUCAGAUGGUUUGAAAUUUGAUGCGACAUUCCGUGUAAAUGAUCAGGAAACCAACGAGCUCCAUACUCUCAUAAUUAAAGCAGAUAUACAAGGCAAGAAGAUCAAGAAGCUCAUAAUGAAUGGAAAGACGUGCAAGGUCUGA